GAAGAAGGGAAAAGAAGAUCCAAAGAAGAAGGAUGAUGGAAAAAAAGGCAAAGACAAAGGGAAGGGCAAGAAGGUAGAGUCAGAGGAAGAGGAUGAGCUCCUGAGUGAGGAAGAGGAAGAAGACUUUAGUGAUGAAGAGGACUAUGAGGAAGACUCCGAAGAUGACAGGAGAGGGAAGGGCAAAGGUGCUAAAGGAAAAAAAGGAGGGAAGUCAAGACGUGAUGAAGACUCAGAGGAAGAUGAGGAUGAGGAGGAUGAGGACGAUGAAGAGGAGUACAGCAAAUCCAAGAAGAAGACUAAAGACAAAGGAGGCAAAUCUGAUGCUGACGCCAAGAAGAAGAAACACAAAAAGAAAGAGGAAGCGCCAAAGCUUCCAGUGAAAGAAAUACCAAAGAAGGGUCUGAAGAACAUGUCCACGAUGUUCAUGAAGUUUUCUGGCUUCAAGAGGCGCAGAACCAGUAGAAAGAAGCUCAAAAGUACAUCUCGCUUGUUUCUGGGCUUGGGAAAGAGAAAAUUAAAAAGUGCUAAAAAGAAAAGGCGAAAGUCAAUGUUAAAGAACACGUCUCGGUUCAUGAUGAGGUUUAAGGCCAGCAAAAAGAAGAAAAACGAAAAAGAGGCCAAAGAUAAAGCAAAUGAUGGGAACAAGCCCACCUACAUGCUCUUACGUCUGGGAGGAAAUGAAAAGAAGGGGUUUUUUAAAGGCUUAUUCAGGAGAAAGGGCGGUGCUGGGUCGGGUGAGGAUUUCAAGAACAGCGGUUUGUUGCUGGGCAAAGUGGCCGCCGCAACAAAUUGGCUAACCAAACGUUUUUUGUCAACUAAAACGCAAAAACACAAAGGUUGGGGGGGCCGCCAGUCCAGCUCCAGGCAUCAUCACCAUGGUUACUAUAACGAUGGCUACGAGCACGGAGAAGACGUUUACGGCUAUGGAAAUAAUUCCAUGCACGCGAAAGGUUACGAAGACUAUUACGAUGAUUAUGGCGGCUACGGGGAAGAGGGCGCUCUGCCUUACGAUGGUCAGGGUCAGUUUGAUUACUAUGACUAUGAUACAGGGGAGGUUCAAGACUAUCAAGACCUGGGAUAUUAUGAGGAAGAUGAACUGUAUGACCCAAAUCUACAGUAUUAUGAAGACGGCCUUUAUAAUGAAGGUAUGGAGGACUACUAUAACCCCUAUGCCGACCCCUACGGAUACCAGGAACAGCCAAUGGCCAUGUACGGGGAUGAGGGUCUGGACUAUUAUACACUAAUGGGUGAAGACCACAUGUACGGAGGAGCAGCUGACGGAUUCUUCGACCCUCAGAACCAAGCUUUUUACGACGAAAACGGCCAAGGAGUUUACUUCAGUGAUGCCCAAGGAGGCUACUUUGACGGACAGACAGGAUUUGUUGAGAACCCUUACAUGACCAACAUGGGAAUGCAGGCAGGUUUUCCACCAGACUAUCAACUCAGCUAUGCUGAUGCUGGGAUGUCACACCCAGCCUACAGUGCACCGCAAGCAGCUGGGUUUCCAGCAGGGGGCGUGCAGAACUUUGGAGGACAGGGGAUGGAACAGGUACAGGGUCUAUACGGGGACCAGUAUGCAGAUCCUAUCAAUCAAUUUGGGAUGGACACUGGAGUUCAAGGAGGAGAUAUCGCGUUCCGAGUUCCACGACCUCAAGUUCGUCUCUUUGGUAAAGAACGCCUAGAUGUGCCUCUCCCUCCUGCCCCGACUUUACCACCAGAUCCAGAAUUUGAAAACAUGUCAGAAAUCCAGUAUGAAGAUCAGUUUCCUCUUGCACCAGGUUUCCCAGCUGACAUGAUGCCACCACCACAACAAAUGAUGAUGUCACCA